AUGGCACCUGCCGUGGUGCAUCUAUAUAAUUCGGUGGCCAAAAACGCGAGAGCGUUUAAGGCUGCCUGGAAACAUGCUGCGAAACUCGUACAGAAACAACUACCAGAAUCAGCACGACCUGCAGAUGCAGUACUGCAACCUAUCCUCGCUCGGAAUGCCCCAAAGCAUCCUCUCCAUCGCAUUGCCUACCUCAAACAAAGCAAGGGCCGCUGGUACACUACCCAUAGCCAGAUUAGCGCCGCAGUUCGACGCUUCGCUACCUCUGCUGCUCGCAACUCAGGCGUGAAGUAUGACAGGGCUUCCUUUCCCAAGUCACGCAUCGGAGGCAUCGUCACCGCUCAGGCCGGUCGCGCGCCUUUCGCAUCGACCCUUCGCCCGAACCUCACCGGUGGCACACUUGGACGAACUGCAGGAGGCUAUGGAUGGGGCUCUGGCAGGGCCGGAGGUGCACGAUACUUUUCGCAUGGACCGGCAUCCCCAGCCCAAGUCAUCAAUAACGUCUCUCAGGCCGUACGGGCGUUCCUCGUUGGCGGACAAAAGGCUCAAUUCGAUGGCGUCAACCCACACAACGGCGAGAAGCGCUUCAAGACCGUAUCGGCGCUUCAGGAUCAGGUCAACCGCACGCUGAACAAGGUCCCCAAGGCUACUCCUGGAUCAUACAUCAGCUUCAACGUUAACCCCACCGUCACCGCUCUUACUCCCCUUAAGGCUGUCAAGGGCUUCACUUCGUUCGCGCAAGAGAAGGAGACACUGAACAGCGAGGGUCUCCUCGACGUUCUAUCUGUCGACUUCUCUAGGGCCGUCAAGGAGCUCGCUGCAGUCCUCAAAGAUCUGCAACGACUGGCAGCAUUAGGUGACCUUCCAAUCUCGUACGAGAAUUCGGUACUCAAAGUCCACUUCCCUGGCUGCGAUGCGCAAACAGUAGAGACGAUAUGCAACGACUUCGAGGUUUCAAGAGGCGCAGUAUACCAAGAUGAAGACUUCGACUCUUUCGUCGGCACCGACAUCGCGCUGCUCUUCCCAUUCGCACCCAGCCAGACACCUUCCGAGUGUUCUUUCUAUGAUAAACCCGUCGCCGAUCGCCAACACGUACAACCCAACAUCGACUGGACGCACAUGCUUUCGCCAUCACCCGCGGCUUCAGAAGCCUUCUCGACGCAUUCGGAGCAGAGCUACGACCAGCUAGACGACUUUGUGACUGAGCCAAACCCGUGGUUAUCCGACGCGUCGCCUUCAGGAUACGAUAGCUUGCACACCAGUGAGGCUGAUGAAAUGGACAUGCAUACACCGUUGGAGUACCAGGGUGUUGAGGUCUCCGAGCCCAUCGGUCUUGAGAUUGUAGCAUUCAACGGAGGGAGCUACACUGGAGCUAUCCUGUUCACGGGGUGGAUGUAUAUCGGUGCUGCGGUCUGUCUCUGGAUGGUGAGAACCUGGAAGAUUGGUGAGGAUGAGGAGAAUGCUGCGGCAGCUACAAAGGGUGAAGUUGACCCGACUCUUGGUGAGGUUGAGAGCUUCCAGAGGAGCCCAUUCGUAAAGAGGAUGUUCAUGAUCCGAAAAGUUUAA